CUUUACUUCAGCAAGUUGGACUAUUUACCAAUGUGAAUGUUCGGCAGACAAAGUGUCCAGGUGCACAGCAUUUGAUCUCCCUCCAUACUGAGUUUUAUCGCGCAGCAAGUCCCGUUUUUCGCCAAUAUCGGAAGACUGAUUUUUAUUUUAUUUGAAAUAACAAAUGCUGAUUUAGCUGGAAAUGUAAUCUAUGAAACAAAGGCAGAAGUUGCAGAAGACUUGAUUCCCUUUUCCCUGUCCCGAGAACUAUUGGAAGAGAUGUAUUUCUGAUCAUGGACUAAAGAAGAUGCCUUUGCCCUGUACAUCAAAACACAUGUUUUGCCUGCGCGAUUAGCAUACAGAGAUCCUUGUGGAUUAAUUUAAGGACGAUGGAUAAUUUUUUCACCGAGGGCGCCCGUGUGUGGUUACGCGAGGAAGAACAGUACCUCCCCAGCACUGUUUCCUCUUGCUCUGGAGGCGUGGUGGUUUUCGCUACUGAAUAUGGACAGGUGUACACCUACAAGCAGAAUGCCCUCACCAGACAGAAAGUGCAGCCCAUGCACCCCAGCAGCUCAGGGGGAGUGGAGGAUAUGGCCAGCCUGGAAGACCUUCAUGACGGGGCCAUCAUGCACAACCUGUACCUUCGCUACCAGCAGAGGAACAUUUAUACAUACAUCGGCUCCAUCCUGGCUGCGGUGAACCCGUACCAGUCCAUCCCUGACCUAUACGACCGGCCGGCAGUGGAGAGGUACAGCCGACACCACUUGGGCGAGAUUUCCCCGCACAUCUACGCUGUAGCAAACGAGUGUUACCGUUCCCUAUGGAAGAGACUGCAGAACCAGUGUGUGUUAAUCAGUGGAGAGAGUGGAGCGGGUAAGACCGAGAGCACCAAGCUCAUCCUGAGGUUCCUGUCGGCUAUGAGUGAGCACUCCCUGGAGCUCUCCUCAACAGAAAGGACGUCACACGUGGAGGAGGACCUCCUGGAGAGCAGCCCAAUCAUGGAAGCCUUCGGCAACGCCAAGACCGUCUACAACAACAACUCUAGCCGGUUUGGGAAGUUUGUUCAACUGCACUUCUGUCAGAAGGGCAACAUCCAAGGCGGUAAAAUCGUGGACUACCUCCUAGAGAAGAAUCGAGUUGUUAGGCAGAAUCCAGGGGAAAGGAACUAUCACAUCUUCUAUGCACUUCUGGCUGGAACCAAUGCAGAACAGAGGGAGGCCUUCAGUUUAUCCCCGCCAGAGAAUUACUACUACCUAAAGCAAUCUGGCUGUGUGGCAGACAAGACAAUCAACGACAAAGGCACUUUUCAGGACGUACUGAAUGCAAUGCGGACCAUGCAGUUCACAGAGGAGAAUAUCUGGGAGAUCCUUCGGCUCCUGGCGGGAAUUCUUCAUGCCGGGAAUAUCGAGUUUAUGACGGCCGGAGGAGCUCAGGUCUCUUCCAAAACAGCACUGGGCAGGACAGCAGACCUCCUGGGCCUGAACUCAGAACAUCUGGCCGAGGUGCUGACCCACAAGUCCUUGAUCCUACGGGGUGAGGAGAUCUGCACGCCACUCACCGUUGAACAGGCGGUGGAUUCCAGGGACUCCAUGGCGAUGGCACUUUAUUCCCAGUGUUUCACCUGGAUUAUCCGGAAACUCAACAACCGUAUCCGAGGGAAAGAGGACUUCAAAUCCAUUGGCAUCCUAGACAUAUUUGGAUUUGAGAAUUUCGAGGUCAACCGCUUUGAGCAGUUCAACAUUAACUAUGCAAACGAGAAACUUCAGGAAUACUUUAACAAGCACAUCUUCUCGCUGGAACAACUUGAAUACAACAAGGAAGGGCUUGUAUGGGAGGACAUCAACUGGAUGGACAACGGGGAAUGUUUGGAUCUGAUAGAGAAGAAACUGGGUCUCCUUGCACUGAUGAACGAGGAGAGUCAUUUUCCCAAAGCCACUGACGGCACUCUACUGGAGAAGCUCCACAGCCAGCACUCGAAAAACCAAUUUUAUGUGAAACCACGCGUUGCUGUGCACAACUUUGGAGUGAGACACUAUGCAGGCGAGGUGGUGUAUGACGUGAGGGGCAUUCUGGAGAAGAAUCGAGACACUUUCAGGGAUGACAUCCUCAACCUGCUUAGAGAGAGCAGGUUGGACUUUGUGUACGACCUCUUUGAGCACGUCUCGAGCCGUAACAAGCAGGACACCCUCAAAUGCAGCUCCAAGCACAGGAGACCCACUGUCAGUUCCCAGUUUAAGAAUUCCUUGCACUCACUGAUGGCCAACCUCAGUACUUCGAACCCCUUUUUUGUGCGAUGCAUCAAGCCGAACACUCACAAGAUGCCUGAGCAGUUUGACCAGACGGUGGUGCUGAACCAGCUCAGAUACUCAGGGAUGCUGGAGACAGUUAAGAUCCGCCGUACAGGCUUCCCCAUCAGGAGGCCUUUCCAAGACUUCUGUACCAGGUACAAGGUGUUAAUGAGGACUGCGUCUCCACCAGAAGACCCAAGGGGACGGUGCGUACAGUUACUCCACCUCUACGACAGCACCAGUGCAGAAUGGGAGCUGGGGAAGACCAAGGUGUUUCUACGGGAGUCUCUGGAGCACAGGCUGGAGAAGCAGCGAGAGUUGGAGGUGCUAAAAGCAGCCAUGGUCAUUCAGGCUCACGUCAUGGGCUACAUGGCCAGGAAGCAGUACAGGAAGCUGCUGCAGUGCAUUGUGGUCAUUCAGAAGAACUUCAGGGCGUUUUAUUGGAGGCGGAAGUUCUUGCUCCUGCGCUGGGCCGCUCUCACCUUCCAGAAAUGCCUGAGGGGCCAGUUGGGACGAAAGGUCUACUGCCAGCUCCUGGAUGAGAGGAAGAUGAUGGAGGAGGAUAAGAGGAGGAGGAGGGUGGAAGAGCUGGAUAGGGAAAAGAAGAAGCUGGAGGCUGAAUGGCUAGCACAAUAUGCAGAGAAAGCCAGGAAGGUUGAGGACCUCCAUCAGGCCCAAGAGCUAUACCUUCUGACUCAGACACAAACACGGACACAGACAAAUACACAGACACAACAAGCAACAUUGCCAGCAACCCAGGCAGUGCAGCAACAGAUGAAUGAAAUGGAGUCUUGCAAAAUGUUCGAAGAGAUCUCUACUGAGGAGUUUUCCGAAGAGGCGGUGCGGACCCAGGACGCAUCCCAGGACGCCUCGCAGGUGGAGGAGAUCCUACGUCUGGAGCGGGAGAUCCAAGAGCUUCAGCGGCAGAAGGAGCAGCAGGAGCUGUCCCUGACCGAGGCCUCCCUCCACCGACUGCAGACCCUCCGUGACCAGGAGCUGCAGCGCCUGGAGGACGAGGCGUGCAAGGCCGCCCAGCAGUUCUUGGAGUCGCUCAACUUCGACGAGAUUGACGAGUGCGUGCGCAAUAUCGAGUGCUCGCUGGGCGUGGAGGAGGAGGAGAAGAUAGGCGGAGAGAGGGAGGAGGGUGAGGAGGAGGAGGUGGACGAAGGCUUUGGCGCUGAUGAUGAGGGAUACAAGGACUCACCCAACCCAAGCGAGCAUGGCCACUCAGAUGGCCAGCGCACCAGUGGCAUCCGCACCAGCGACGACUCAUCAGAGGAGGACCCGUACGCUAAUGACGGAAUGCAGAUCCCACUCCUGCCACCAAAUACACUACUCCACCAGCCGCUGCCCCUGCUGCCGCUGUUUCAAGCCUGCCACAACGCCUCCUCUGGCGGGGACUUGGUCUACUGCCACCCCCAGGUUUCAGAGGCCCAGUCCGAUGAUCUGGUCGAGCUCAUUCCUCCGGAUGAAGACUCGGACUAUGACCAGGACGACUAUGACGAGGGGGCCAUAGUUUCCAGUGGCAGCAUGGCGUUCUCACAACCCUGCAAAGGGCAGUGGUCACCUGACUACCACGGCUCUGUGGGCACCUACAACAGUUCGGGAACCUAUCGCUUCAGCUCGGAGGGGGCCCAAUCAUCGUUUGAGGACAGCGAGGACGAUUUCAACAGGUUCGACAUAGACGAUGAGUUGUCCUACCGACGAGACUCGGUCUAUAGUUGUGUCACACUGCCAUACUUUCACAGCUUCCUCCACAUCAAAGGUGGCCUGAUGAACACGUGGAAGCGGCGUUGGUGCGUGCUGAAGGACGAGACCUUCCUGUGGUUCCGCGCUAAGCAGGAGGCCCUGAAGCAGGGCUGGCUCCACAAGAAGGGUGGCGGCUCCUCAACGCUGUCACGCCGCAACUGGAAGCGCCGCUGGUUCGUCCUGCGCCAGAGCAAGCUCAUGUACUUCGAGAAAGACGGCGAGGACAAGAUGAAGGGCAUGCUUGACAUGCAUGCAGCCAAAGAGAUUGUGGACAACACAGGCAAGGAGAAUGGAAUCGACAUCAUCAUGCCAGAACGCACCUACCACCUUAUUGCUGAGACCGCUGAGGAUGCAAGGCAAUGGUUCAGUGUGCUCAGCCAGGUGCACACCUCCACAGAGCAAGAGAUCAGGGAGAUGCACGACGAACAAGCCAACCCCCAGAAUGCAGUGGGAACCCUCGAUGUUGGCUUGAUCGAUUCAGUCUGUGCGUCAGACAACCCUGAACGGACCAACUCCUUUGUGAUGAUCACAGCUAACAGGGUGUUACACUGCAAUGCCGACACUCCUGAAGAGAUGCACCACUGGAUAACAUUGCUGCAACGUUCCAAAGGAGACACGCGUGUGGAGGGACAGGAGUUCAUCAUCAGAGGCUGGCUCCACAAGGAGAUGAAGAACAGCAGCAGAGCCUCUCUGAAGCUGAAGAAGCGCUGGUUCCUGCUUACCCACAACUCUCUGGACUACUAUAAAAGCUCGGAGCGCAACACCCUCAAGCUGGGCACCCUGGUGCUCAAUAGCCUGUGCUCAGUGGUGCAGCCUGACGAGAAGGUCUUCAAGGAGACAGGUUACUGGAACGUCACAGUUUACGGCCGGAAGCACUCGUACCGUCUCUACACCAAGCUCCUGAACGAGUCCACGCGCUGGGCCAGCGCCAUGCAGAACGUCAUCGACACCAAGGCCCCCAUCAACACCCCCACCCAGAAGCUCAUCCAGGACAUCAAGGAGAACUGUCUGAACUCCGAGGUGGUGGAGCAAAUCUAUAAGAGGAACCCCAUCCUGCGCUACAGCCACCACCCGCUCCACUCGCCACUGCUGCCCCUGCCCUACGGAGACAUCCACAUCAGCUCCCUGAGGAACAAGGGCUACACGACGCUCCAGGACGAGGCGCUCAAGAUGUUCAACUCGCUGCAGCACCUGGAGGGUGUUACCGACCCCGUGACCAUCAUCCAGGGUGUGCUGCAGACGGGCCAGGAGCUGAGGCCCCUGAGGGAUGAGCUCUACUGCCAGCUGGUCAAACAGACCACUCGCCCCCCACAGCCCUGCAGCCCUGGGAACCUGUGCAGCUGGAGGAUCCUGGCAUGCAUGUGCUGCACGUUCAUGCCAUCGCGCGGAAUCCUCAAGUACCUCAAGUUCCACUUCAAGAGGGCUCGGGAGCUCUUCCCGGGCAUGGAGAUAGAACGCUACGCCUCAUUCGGCCUGGAUUCCCUGAGGAAGACGCGUGGCCGGGAGUACGUACCCUCCCAGGAGGAGAUCCGGGCCGUGGUGGCGCGCCAGGAUAUGACCACCACAGUUCACUGCCAUGGCGGAGGCUCCUGCAAAAUCACCAUCAACUCUCACACCACCGCCGGAGAGGUGGUGGAGAAGCUAAUACGGGGCUUGGCCAUGGAGGACAGCAGGAACAUGUUCGCCCUGUUUGAGCACAAUGACACCACUGACAAAGCCAUUGAGAGCCGCACAGUGGUGGCUGACGUCCUUGCCAAGUUUGAAAAGCUCUCUGCAAGUCAAGAUGAGACCAAGACAGGCUGGAAGUUCUAUUUUAAGCUUUACUGCUUCUUAGACACAGAUAAUGUACCCAGGGACUGUGUUGAGUUUGCCUUCAUGUUUGAGCAGGCCCAUGAGGCGGUGAUCAGAGGCCAUUACCCAGCCCCGGAGGAGACCCUCCAGUUCCUGGCUGCCCUAAGACUACAAUACCUCCUCGGAGACUACAACCCCCAAGCUACCGUGCCCGAAAUGUCUCAGGUGUUCCCUAUGACUCGGUUGCGUGCCCGCAUCCAAAAUUCCGCCAAGACUUUCUCCCCGGCCACUGGUUUGGGCAUGGGGUCAGUGGUGGACCGUUCCGAUGGAACCUUGGAGAAGAAGCGCUCCAGCUUCUUGGAGGGAACGCUAAGGCGUAGUUUCAGGAGCGGCUCAAUGAGCCGCCAGAAGUUGGAGGAGGAGAACACGCUCGAGGCCUGGAUGAGGGAGGAGAUAGCGGCAGCACGAGCCAGCCUGGUGGACAAGUGGAAGAAGCUGCAGGGGAUGAACCAGGAGCUGGCCAUGGUGAAGUACAUGGCCCUGGUCAAAGAGUGGCCCGGCUACGGAUCCACGCUCUUCGAAGUGGAGUCCUGUGACGGGGCCUUUCCAGUGGAGCUGUGGCUGGGGGUGAGCAGGGAGGCCAUCUCGGUGUAUAAGCGUGGCGAACCCUGGCCCCUGGAGGUCUUCCCCUAUGAGCUCAUCCUUUCGUUUGGGGCCCCACUGCCAAAUGCCUACAAAAUAGCCGUGGAGGGCCGCGAACUGCUCUUCGAGACCAGUCUGGUUAUGGACAUUGCCAAGCUGAUGAAAGCAUACAUUAGCAUGAUCGUUAAAAAGCGCUACAGCAACUCUGCAUCCAUCAGCAGCUACGGUAGCCAGUGUAGCACCUGGUGAGGUGUCGUCCAAGACCUUUCACCUUUCAUCACUUAGCAGAGGGCUGGGGGAGGUUGAGUCCUGCGACAGCCUUGUCAGGACACCUUUCCCUCAGUGUUUUGGAGAAACGUGAUUUUGAACACUCUGGGCCAGACUGACUUUCUCAUGGUUCUUAUUGCUAACCAGCUAGCUUUGUCUUUCUUAUGCUAACGUGCUACCAUUACAAGGGCUUUUGUUACAGGGUGAGACUAGUGUUACUGGGGUGGUUCCUAUAAGUGUGCGGAGUUGGGGCAUGGCCAGUCAGAAUCUAUAAGGGUUCAAGCUAGAAGUCGUCCCUAACCACAGAUCUAGGAUCAGAUUACCCAACCCCAAACCCCCCAAAUAAACAAAUCUGACCCUGGACCAGCGGUUAGGAGAAACUUCUACCAACUCACGAGUGCCAUGUUUGGUUCUUCUAAUGGACGAAACCUCAAUUGGACGCCCACUUCUAAGCUUUGGAAAUUUCGAGCCGAUUGUUAAGGAACCAUCUCUUUUAUUAUCAAGAAAUGGAAAUAUGCAACUCAAUACUCAAAUUAUUUUCAAGUGGCAUUUUUAAUAUAUAUAUUGAUUGUUGAAAGGGGAACAUUGCCAGUGAUUAAAGGGUUAAAAGUGCUUGAAAUAAACCCUUAAAAUAGCAGACUGCUUAGUGGCAUCCCAUCCUUACAGACGGUAAAUCAUUGGAAAUUAAUUAUUUGAUUUAAUGAAAAUUUCCCCCUUGUUACAAAUAAAACAUUUGUUCAGCUUUCUGGGUAUACCAAUUUUCUCAACUCAAGUUGUGUCAUCUAACAUGUCCAAGCAGGAAUGCAUGAUAAAUUGAUUUUGAUGUGAAAUAGGCAUACCAGUGAGUGAUUGGCAUGAAUUUUGGAUUGACAAUUCGGCUAUUGUUGCUAGAAUAUUACUGUCAAAAUAGGGCUUCAGAAUUGCAGAUGUAUUUUUGUUUAAUAGAGAGAAAUGUACUUGUGUACAAAUAGGCUAUCACACUUGGGGAUAAUCACUGAGGGAGGGGAAACUCGAAACCAAAACCCCAAUAGUAGCCUACGGUUUCUUCUUGCAAAUAGGCUAUCACACUUGGGGAUAAUCACUGAGGGAGGGGAAACUCUAAACCAAAACCCCAAUAGUAGCCUACGGUUUCUUCUUGCAAUUAGAUUUUUAAACGCUCCACAAUUAUUUUAUUCUUCUCUCCAUCUAGACUACUUGGAGCAGACAGGGAGAAACGGGGCAAGGAAUCAUGCAGGAAUCAAUAUUGUAUUGUUGGACCAAAUCAGAGUUUUAGCUGCCCCAAAAAUAUAAAGUUUUGAGUGAAGUGACGUGCUAAAAUUUGUAGUUUGCAUGGAUGCAGCCACUUCAAAGUGUGGAAGUGGAAUUUCCACCUCUCCAGUGUGUCUACAAAGGACUGUUUCAGGCCUAGUGCUUUGACUCAUUAUAUGCCUCGCUUUAUUUGAAAGGAUUUUAGGCCUAGUGCUUAUUUGACUCGUGCUUUUUUAACUCAUUAUAUACCUCACUUUUACGUGUUGGGGGACAACAGGGCAGCGGGUCAUGAGAUACUGCUGAAGAUUUGAUCCACUGCCUGCCAUAGACUAAGCGUAGCAGUGCAGUUUAUACUGUUCUGCAUGUUGCAAAUGUAAUAUUACUGUUGUGAGGCCUAAUUGCCAUGGUAAUUAGGAAUGUCCAGUCAAUUAUUAUCUUAACUUACAUCAAAUGCUUUAUGACAGCAUAAUCUCCCAUAGCGGUGCCAAUCCAAACCCCCCAAAAAUUUAAAAUAUUAAAAAGAGAAAGGGCUCAAUUUGAUCAGAUCCGCUUUAGCCGACAUUUGCAUAUCGGUUGUUUUGGCUAUGUCAGAGCUAGAACCACAUCAAAUCCACAAGCAGCUCUGUGCGGUAGGCUAUUGUGGAAAUUGCCAUUGGAUGGACCGAGUCGCAUUAGUAAUAAUCCUAUGCAGCCUCUACGCCUCGAUUAGGCUGAUACAAAUCCUUAUUGUUGCUUGACAGCUCUUAAUGUAGUUACACCUCAGACACUGCCAAAACACCAGCUAUGUAGGUGUCAGCUGUCGCCUGUUCACACUUGAUUUGAUUGAAUCCUAGCCUGAGAGCUCCUUUGAAUCAGAUCCGCUUUAGCCGACAUCCGUUGUUUUUGCUGUGUCGGAGGUGGCACCGCAUUAGAGCUGUCAAAAAAAAGAAUUGGAUCCCGUUACUCCUAAAGCGUACAUCGCCAUAUGCUGCAGAGUCGCAUGAACAGAAAUCCCAUAUGCAUCUGUGUUUACAAGUUCAAACACUGGAAUGUGAGAUGUAAUCUACACCUCAAAUAGGAUGGUCAAAAUCUUCAUUCGUUUAAUGAUUUUUCAAUUCGAGGGUAAUCAUUUCUAUAUAACCUACACCUUCUCGUUCGGAACUUCUAACAUGAGUGGGGCGGGUGUGGCUUCGUGACAAUGAUCGCAAGAGCAGCUGCUUACCGAUUUAUGGCUCCAAUGCAGUUCCACCUCCAACACCUCCAAAACAUCCACUAUGUGGAUGUCUGCCAUUACCGGUUAACACUUAAUCUGAUUGAACAUACUGUAGGUCGUAGUUAGUUUAAAGUCCUCGUUUUUAUUUAGAAGACUUUGGACUAGUGAGCUUUGCAGCCCAAAGGACACUUACCUGAUGGGCUAGUAAGGGAAGGGACCUAACUUUCUAACUAGGGACCCAAGAGUUCUUUACGCCUCCUGCGGACUGGGCGAGAAGUAGAUCGUCUGCGUCUGGGCAUGAUUAUUGCUAUACCCACUGAGUAGCUGGACCCAUGCUUUUAUAGGCUUUGCCUUGGGAGUGAAAUUACUUCAUAAUGGCACUGACAUGAUGCAAUAGCAACAGUGCCAUUCCAAACACAAAAAUCUGGAAACAAGACAAAGAUUCAGAAAAUUGGCCAAAAAAUGCUAGGAGUAGACCCUCCCUUCAGCUUAGAAAGCUUAGUGUAAUAUAAUAUAGAUAGGGCAGCUUGGUCCAAAAUAAUCACGUUUACUUUAAACAUCUGGACGAAAAACACCCAGCAGUACCUUACUCAAAAGAUCUCCAGCUUGGAAGGUGCUUCAUUAUUUCCCUCUACCAGCAAAGCUCUCCUAAAGUUCCUGCAAGGUUGCUUUAACAUAAGCGACACCCCACAGCAUUUCACUGGAACUCCGCGGGCGGUAGCUCCACCCAAAGAUGUGCAGGAUUGUUCCUCAGUGCCUUGUUGUAUAUUAUGUACACGUGUUCUUUUUCAAUGGAUUUGGUUUCAAACGUCUAUACAAUUAUCUCUAACUGAACCACAAAGAAAUAUAUGAGAUGUAACCAUGUUAUUUUUCUCCCAAAGUCAAUUUCAAAGCUUACAGUGAAAGUAUAACAACGGUAUACAAUACUGGUCUUGGUCGGUGUAUCUUUUCUUUCUCAUUUGUAUUAGCUGUGUUAUGUAUUAAAGGAUGAUUCUAGCAAUAAAUGAAUACCUAUUUA